AAGAAGAAGAAGAAUCGGCGUUUCUGUUUCAGGAGGUUCCGCUGAGAUCAGAAAAUAAAUAAAUAAAUAAAUAAAUAAGACACGGAGCUGCACGUGAUGAAACUGGAUGAAAUCUGCCUGACAUGCUACUGAAGAUGGAGUUUAUUAAAGAGGAGUUUAAAGAGGAGAGUGAAGACGUCAGUAUUUCAGAACCAUUCAGACUGAAGAAUGAAGAUACUGAGGAACAAAGAGAAGAGAGAAAUUCAUACAGGCUUGAGGUGCUGUUGGAAGUGAAAGAGGAAAUUAAAGCUCAGAAUGAAGUGGAGGAGAAACAUCAGACACCUGAUCAUUUCUUAAGUGGUGAUGAAUCUUUCAAUGGCUUACAGACAGAAAAUAAAUUCUCACUUAAGAGGACUCGAAGAACAAAAACAGCAAAUUCUUUCUCCUGCCCUCAGUGUGGAAAGAGUUUCAGACAUAAAGGAAACCUUAAUAUCCACAUCAGAAUUCACUCUGGAGAGAAGCCUUUUACGUGCACCCAGUGUGGAAAGAGUUUUGCACACAAAAGAAGUCUGAAAGAGCACAUGAAAAUUCACACCGGAGAGACCCCAUACACAUGCAUUCAUUGUGGAAAGAGUUGUAUACAAAAAGGAAGCCUUAAUAUCCACAUGAGAAUUCACACAGGAGAGAAGCCGUUCACCUGCCAUCAGUGUGGAAGGAAUUUCAUAGACAAAAAUGCCCUUAAGGAUCACAUGAGUAUUCACACUGGCGAGAGGCCUUUCACAUGCUUUCAGUGUGGAAAGAGUUUCAGACUUAAAAGAAACCUUAAUAUCCACAUAAGAAUUCACACUGGAGAGAAGUCUUACAUAUGUCCUCAGUGUGGAAAGAGUUUCAGACAUAAAAGAAGCCUCAACAUUCACAUCGGAAUUCACAGCGGAGAGAAGCCUUACAAAUGUCCCCAUUGUGGAAAAAGUUUCUUAAUAAAAGGGAGUCUUAAAAGGCACAUUAGAGUUCAUACUGGAGAGAAACCUUUUGCAUGUCUUCAGUGCGGAAAGAAUCUCUCAGACAAAGCAAGCCUUAAGGAUCACAUGAGAAUUCACACUGGCGAGAAGCCUUUUUCAUGUCUUCAGUGUGGAAAAAGUUUCACAAUUAAAACAACCCUAAGAACUCAUAUGAAAUGUCAUUCAGGAGAGAAAUUACACCACUGUUCUCAGUGUGGCAAGAGUUUUUCACAGCUGACCAAUUUAAAACAACACCAGAAAAUACAUACUGUUGUAAAAGCUCAUGUGUGCUCAGAGUGUGGUAAAGCCUUUGUCCGUACCGGCAACUUGAAACGGCACCAAAGGAUUCAUGCGGGAGAAAAUCGUUAAUUGUUCACAUUGUGACAAUAGAUUGGCUUAUCCAAGACUCCUUAAGUCUUGUGCUGUAAGUUGAUUACAAUUUUUAAUCACAGAUUUUGAUAAUGGUGAAAUAUGACUAAUAUAUAUAUACAUAUAUAUACAUACACACACAGUACUGUGCAGAAGUCUAAGGCACAUAAGAUGUUUCACAAAAACAUUUGUCUUAAGAUGGUUAUUUAUAUCUUUAGCUUUAGUGUGUCAUUAGAAAAAAUACAUUUUAGACUCCCAAACAUUACUUUUGCAAAUAGAAUAGAAUAGAAGAACAGAGAGCCCUUCAAAGGAUGGCAUGGUCCCCACAAAGCCCCCUACUGAAGAUUGAGUCAGUCUGGGAUUACAAGAAGAGACAGAAGCAAUUGAGACAGAUGAAAUUGAUAGAAGAACUGUGGCAAAUUCUCCAAGAAGCUUGGAACAUCCUAUCUGGUAAUAAUCAAGAAAAACUGUAUCCAGGUGUACCUAAGAGAAUUGGUGCUGUUUUGAAGGCAAAGUUGGUCACACAAAAUAUUGAUUUAGCUUUUUUUAGGUUUACUGGACUUUGUAUGAUGUUAAUUGAUAAAUGAAAACUAUUUAUGGCAUUAUUUUUAGACAUCCUCACUAUGCAAAAUUUUUCCCAAGUGCCUAAAACUUUUGCACAGUGCUGUGUGUGUGUAUGUGUAUGUAUGUAUAUAUAUAUAUAUAUAUAUAUACACAUACACUUCUUUUCCUGUCAAAAUGCAUUUCUUUCUUUCUUAAGGAGGAAAACAAAAUAUGUAACAAUAAUGCUUUAUUAACAUUUUCCAAGAAAAGCCUUCCACAGAAUUAAGAUAGCAAUGCACUAAAAUAGCACCAAUUCAAGUAACUUGAACAAGUCUAAUUGGGAGGUUGACGAAUUGAAAGAACUAGUCUACCCAUAGGUUGCAUAUUCAUUACAAUGGGUAUUAAAUCUCUUAAAAUCCACAAGAUUAAUCAGCAGGCAGACUGUGGCUAUCCGCUUUGUUACAGCAGUCGUGAAGCCGCGUUCAUGAUAUGCGUCUGCACCAGGGUUAAGCGCUGCUUUGAAAUCCACAUGAAAAGCGUUUGCAGACAAAAAAUGUCUCAUUCUGUAUUUUGGUGAUAGUUAAGACUUGACAUGCUUGUGUGGUCAUUAAAAUGUGCCUUAGGCUGAAAAAUACUUGAUUUCUGUCACAAGUUCCAUCUAGGCUUGUUUUGUAUAACAAAUAACGUUAAGAGCUCCUUUCCCCAUCACUUUAUCACUGAAACUAAUUCGCUACUCUGUUCGCGUUAUGUCACAACUACUGAAGCAAGUGUAUAAGCUUUAAGGCACAAAUGACAUAAGGACUACCCCUAUCACCGCAGACUGACGGGCUAACUGAGCGGUUUAUCCAAACAAUGAAACUAAUGCUAGUGCUAAACAUAAGUUUGUCUCCCAGACAGGCACUGAUUUGGACCAGUGGCCCCUGUAUCUGCAUCCACUAUGUCUAUUUAGAUUACACUUUUAGGUAAUCUAAUCAGAUUAAUUUUGGAUUACUCAUUGGAUGUUUUGAUAAAUCUGAUCAUUAAUUUGAAGUGUAUUAUAUACCAAAUAUAUUAACUUUUCUAUAAACAUAAGUAAACAUGAAAUCCGAUAGCAACUCGCUAUUUUUCAAUUGUGUAAAACAAAAGGUACUUAAAGGGUCAUGAAAAACAAACACUAUAUUACCCUAGAGGGAAGACAAUGACUACAUUUACAUGCACAUCAAUAUUCAUUUUUUUUAAUCAGAAUAUGGCUACAUUAACUUUGCUGAUGCUUCAUGUUUACAGUGAGCCAUUCUGUGCUGUCCAAGUGAGACAGUCUGGACCAUCCAUGAUAAAAACCUAUGAGGUUUUUGUAGAAAUUGCUGGGCAGCUUUUACAGGAACCUCAAUGGCAGUCAUAAGAUGGAGCUUUGUGUAGCCAUAUCAGGAACCUCUGGAAUGGCUUUAUAGGAACCUCUGGGGAGGCCAUGAUAAGAAUAUAUGGGUCAGCCUUACAGGAACCUUUGGGUCAGCUAUGACAGGAACCUCUGUGGUGGCCAUGACUCUCUGGGCAGCCGUAAUAGUAUGCUCUUGGUUAGCCAUCACAGGAUACUUUGGUACAGCCAUGGCAGAAACAUUUGGGGCAGCCAUAAUAGGAACCUAUGGAUCCGACAUUACAGAAACCUUUAGAGAAGUUGUGACAGUAACCUCUGGGCAUCCGUAGCAAGAAGCUUUGUGUGGCUGUAACAGUAAGCACUUGGGCAGCCAUCACAGGAAACUUUGGGGCAGCCUUGGGAGGAACCUCUGAGUGGCCAGGACAGGAACAUCAGGGUGGCUGUGACGGUAUUUUCUGGUGCAGCCAUGGGAGGAACCUCUUGGCCAUGAAAGGAACAUUAGUGCAUCUGUGGCAGGAACCUUUGGGGCAGCCAUUAUAGGAACCACUGUCCUGGCCAUAAUUAAAACAUAGAAUUUUACAGAAUCAACUGGGCAGCUUUUGCAGGAACCUCAAAGGCAGCCAUGGCAGGGAGAUUUGUGUGGCCAUGGCAGGAGCCUCUUGGCUGGGCUUGAUAUGAACAUAUGGGUCAGAUUUACAGGAACCUUUGAGGCAGUGGUGACAGGAGCGUCUGGGCGGCCAUAACAAGAAACCUCUGAGCUGUCGUAGCAGGAGCCUCUGUGCGGCUGUGACAGAAACCUCUACAGUGGCCUUCAUAGGAACCUCUGGGCCGGCCAUGAUAAAAAGCUUUUUACAGGCAGCUUUUACAGGAAACCUCAAGGGAAGCCAUGACAGGGAGUUUUGUGCAGCCAUAGCAAGAAUCUCUGGGCGGCCAUCAUAAGAACGUCAGCCUCUCAGGAACCUUUGAGGCAGUCGUGACGAGCGUCUGGGCAGCCAUAGCAAGAACCUCUUGUGGCUGCAUCUGGGCAGUUGUGACAGAUACAGCUGUAUAGCUUUUACAGGAACCUCAAGGGCAGCCAUAGCAAGAACCUCUUCGUGGCUGCAUCUGGGCAGUUGUGACAGAUACAGCUUUACAGCUUUUCCAGGAACCUCAAGGGCAGCCAUGAGAAGGAGCUCUGGGCAGCCAUAGCAGGAACCUCUGUGCACCUGUGGCAGAAACCUCUGGGCAGCUGUGAUGGAAGCUUUUAGGGCAGCAAUGACAGGGAGCUCUGGGCGGCCAUGGUAGGGAUCUCUUUGGCAUUUUGGGAAUGUCAAUGAGUGGCCUCAUUGUGGAGAGAUGGGCAAAUGGUGCAGUCCCAUUCAGUGGCAACCAGUCAAACUGUAUACAGUAUGUACACAUCCCUAGACAAGCAAUAUUGCUAGUCACAAAUAUUGCUGUCUCAGUCCAAGGUGCCAGACUCAACCCGGGCUUGCCAGCCUCACCAGGCACAAAGGCUGAAGGAAUGAAGAGGCCACACAUGUCAACCCGCCAGACGCAAAGCUGACAUAAAGAGAAAAGAGGGGGCAGCCGUGACAGGGAGCUUUUUUCCUCUGUUUCGCCACAACUUAUGCAGUGACCUGAAAUAAGAACAGAAAUAAGGUUUAUUGUUUAAAUACAUUUCACUUAAUGCCACAAUUAAACAAGGUUUUAUAUAUAAUUUUACAUUUAAUACCAUAUAUAAGCAAGUUUAAACAACAUAAAACAAAUUGUACAAAAAUGGAGGCAACCUUCUAAAAGAAAAGAAUUUGACAUUUUAGAACUUAAGAAAGCAGAUGUCAUAAGGUAUACACAUACAAUUUGUCAUCUGUGCAGUGUAUAUGGAUUGAUAAUAUGACAUAAAAUCAUUAGAAAGCUAUGGUGGCCAGGAAGUGCACAACACAGCUAAAUGAGCAAAGCAAAUAAAAGCUGAUAACACAAUGGAAAUAAGCCACAACACAGUGGAAAAGCCAGGGCACAACGGAAUUAAACCACAACACAGCAAAAUAUUUUUAGGCUGUUUGUACAUGAUCUGAUAACCAAACUAAACUAAGCGCUAUUAUUUUAGUUGGACUUGUGAUAGAAAUCAAGCAUUUUCAGUGCUUUUUAAUUACCACUGAAGCAUGCCAAGUCUUAACUAUCCACUUUUCCCGUUGAAUUCAAAGCGGAGCUGGACACUGGCAUUGACACUCUGACGCGAAUCAUGAACGCAGCUUCGAGAUUGCUGUAGGAAAGUGGAUAGUCACAAUCUACUGGCAGAUUCGUGUUGUGGAGGAUGAGAGUGGAAGAGAUUUAAUGCCUAUUGCAGUGGAUACUAAACCUAUGGGGACUAAAUCCAUCUUUACACAGCAAAGGAGGCACAGAAGCUGCAUCUGAAGUGACAAUUAGGUGUAUUUUCACAGAGCAGGAAUAAGUGCAUUUACACAGCAGUUGAAAAUGCAUCAAUAAUGUUAUGAGAUGAAUAUUAAAAAUGUAAAAUGAUGAAUAUAGAAAUAUGAAAUGAAUAAAUACUCCAAUGGGGACUAGUUCUUUCAAUAAGUCAACCUCCCAAUAAGAUUUUGGGAAAUGUUUAAUGUUACUUGAAUUGGUGAUAUUUAAUGCAUUUCUAUCUUUAUAUUGUGAAAGGCUUUGUUUUGAAAAUUUUAAUAAAGCAUUAUAUUGUUACAUUUUGUUUUGUUUUCUUUCCUAAGAUGGAAAUGGUGUCAAAUUUCAGCUUUUUUAAAAUCUGCGAUUAAUUGCAAUUAACUACAAAAAAUAUGUGAUUAAUCGCAAUUAAAAAUUACAUCGAAUGACAGCCCUAGUAAAUAUUAUCUUCAAAAUUGUUUUUAGUUGAUCUUAGGCUCAAUACCUUAAACCAGUCAUGGCGAAGUAUCUUCUUGAGACCCAUCCGCCGUUUUGGCUCACUCUGCAGGAGAGCCUGAAUAAAUUGGCUGCAUUCUGUGCAAAGAGAUGAGAGGGACUGAUUAUUAUCAUAAACACCUGCUAUCUUUAAUCUUGUUUUUCUAAGCUGUAAAAUUUCUGCAUCAUCCAUAUGACCGUCUUUUAUGCAGAUUUUACUUUUCCUGUUUGCUUUCUUUGUUCUGUUUAACAAUUACAGUUGGUUUUCUUUGGUGUUAUGAAGAUCUCACCUC